GCUCAGAGAGGUCCCAUGGCUUGUCCGAGGCCCCUCAGCCAAUCUUACUUAAUAAUGAGCGAAGUCAAAACGAAAAAAAUAACCAACAACGAAGUCCUUCAGUGGUCCUCCUGCAUCCAUCUCCAGGGCCCUGGAGCACAGUGGAGAAUGUGUGAGCCCACAUCCCUGACCCCUGGGCCCCCUGCUGGACGCUGGCCCCUGCCCCUCAGCAGACGCCGCCGGAGAGAGAUGAGUAGCAACAAAGAGCAGCGGUCGGCAGUGUUCGUGAUCCUCUUUGCCCUCAUCACCAUCCUCAUCCUCUACAGCUCCAACAGCGCCAAUGAGGUCUUUCAUUACGGCUCCCAGCUGGGCCGCACCCGCCGGCCCGUCAACCUCAAGAAAUGGAGCAUCACCGACGGCUACGUCCCCCUGCUCGGCAACAAGACACUGCCCUCCCGGUGCCACCAGUGUGUGAUUGUCACCAGCUCUAGCCACCUGCUGGGCACCAAGCUGGGCCCCGAGAUCGAGCGGGCCGAGUGCACGAUCCGCAUGAAUGACGCACCCACCACGGGCUACUCAGCCGAUGUGGGCAACAAAACCACCUUUCGCGUGGUGGCCCAUUCCAGUGUAUGUGUGCUGCGGAAGCCCCAGGAGUUUGUCAACCGGACCCCUGAAACCGUGUUCAUCUUCUGGGGUCCCCCGAACAAGAUGCAGAAGCCGCAGGGCAGCCUGGUGCGCGUCAUCCAGCGGGCAGGCCUGGUCUUCCCCAACCUGGAGGCCUACGCCGUGUCUCUCGGGCGCAUGCGCCAGUUUGACGACCUCUUCCGGAGUGAGACAGGCAAGGACAGGGAAAAGUCCCAUUCGUGGUUGAGCACAGGCUGGUUCACCAUGGUGAUUGCGGUGGAGUUGUGUGACCACGUGCACGUCUAUGGCAUGGUCCCCCCCGACUACUGCAGCCAGCGGCCGCGACUACAGCACAUGCCCUACCACUACUAUGAGCCCAAGGGUCCGGAUGAGUGUGUCACCUACAUCCAGAAUGAGCACAGCCGCAAGGGCAACCACCACCGCUUCAUCACGGAGAAGAGGGUCUUCUCGUCCUGGGCCCAGCUGUACGGAAUCACCUUCUCCCACCCCUCCUGGACCUAGGCCACCCCGCCAUGGGACUCUCACAGGGGACACAGGAGCAGGGGUCUCCGCCCAGCCGCUCGACCGAGGGCCAUCUCCUGCCCAAUCAAGGCUGGCCGGAGUGUCUUCUGGCCAAUCAGGCCAGAAGAGGGUGUAUCCUCCAGCCAUUCAGCGCCUGGGGGGAAUCUCUGGGCCAAUCAGGGAUUUGGGCUUCUAUGUGGUUAAUCAGGUGUUGAGGGUAUUUCUUGUCAGUCAGGGUCUGAGCAGAGUCAAUCAGGGUAUUUCUGAGUAAUCUGAGGCUGAGGUCAUGUCCUUUCCCAUGAGGCCUUGGUUCAGAGCCCCAGGAUGGACCCCAGAUCACGUCCUGUUGGUUGGGACAGUGGGGUCUUGUCCCAAGGAGCUGGGAACCUUGUGUUGUCCCCUCACUUCCCAGAGCCAGAAAGAGGUUGCAUGGGGGUGGGAGCUGUCUGGAGGCCAGGCUGGGGCAUUUGGGGGGUUGGGGGUGGGUCCCAGGAGUGGGAGGCUGGUGUCAGGUCUUGGCUCUGCCUUGAGUGACCUUGGACGAACCCUCUCUGGGCAUUGUUCUGUCUGUGUCAGGUCCGAGAACCCUCCCACCUUCCUCAGCAACCACCUUGGGCCUGUCCUCCUGGUCUGCCUUCCGUUAAGCCUGGACUCCUCCAGCCACACCCUUUGCUGGGGUGCUCAGCUUCCUGAGAGUCUGGGGUUCCCUUUCCCUCCUCCUCCUGGAAACUUGAAGGUAUUUUUACGCAAGCUCCCUCAGGCUUUGGGACUUUGAAAGGAAAGGAUAAACUUUUGGCGGUUUUCUUAGCCCCGCUGUCCAGCUGCCAUUAGCUUGGCUCUUAAAGAGCCAGGCCCCCUUUUCUGCCAUCCAGCAGUGAGGUUUUCCACCUGUUUCAGGAGCUUUGGGGGCUGAGAAAGGGGGGAUCCCAGCCCAACUGAGAUUUCCUGCAGCCCUUUUGUCUUCAGCUGCUGGGGCCUCCCCCUCGCUGGGCCUGGAAAGGCUCAAGGGGACUGGGAGCUGUCACCUGGGUUCUGUCCCCUCACUCUACACCAGGCACUUUAUUGCUGGGCCUCAGUGGGGUGGGUUUCCCCACGCUGCUCUUCUGGAGUCUCGAAGGAAAGACUGGAGGGCUUCCUGGUGGAGGCUGUGGAAUGGGAGGGGUCAGGUGGAGGAGGAGGAGGCCAGCAGUGAGCCAUUGCACAUUGGGGCCCAGGUUGGGGCAGGGGGGGAUGUUGGCCACUACCCUAACCUUGGUUUUGUAAUGAUUUGUACAGGAAUAAACACACCUAAGCUCUGG